AUGGGCACGCCCGGUGUCAAGGCAGCCACGGUUGUCUUUCAUGACUGCGAUACUGGCGGGAAAGGCUUUCUCACUCGGCACGAGCUUCGGGCUGCGCAUAUCCAGCUCUUUGGCUGGCACAUCUCGGCGUUCGAUCUGGAUGCACUCCAACCCAAGGCGUGCCCCGCCGCUUUCGAGCUUUCCGACUUCUGUGCCUACGCAGUCCCAAAGCUUCUGUCACAAGAUCCCCAUGACAGCGUGCGGCGACACUUUUCUGCGCUUGAUCCCUACUGCAACGGCUACAUCACCCUCGACGACCUGCGGAAUGCGGCAGGCGAGGUGGCGCCACACAUACCUGCCGCAACUGUGCGGCUGCUCUUCUGCCAGGUCGACUCGGACGGAGACGGACGCGUGAGCUUUGCCGACUUCGCAUCGCUGAUGGAGGCCGCUCGGCGGGAAGCCCCGGCCUCGACCCGACCAGGAGGAGAACAUUGCGCCUCGAGCCGCGUGGGAGCCUCUCCUAAAUCCACUCUCUAA